AUUUCCUUUCCCCCACAAUCCCCACUCUGCCGCCGCCACUCCACCACCACUCCGUCGCCGUGGUCGCGCCCGCGCCUACUCCGGUAACCAAACCAACCCGAUGGCGAUGGAGCUGGAGCGCGCUACCAAGAAGAGGUGCGGCGGCAUCGACGGCGACAACCCCGCCGCCGACCUCACCGACGACCUCAUCGUGGAGAUCCUCUCGCGUCUCCCGGCCAAAUCCGUCUGCCGCUUCAAGUGCGUCUCCUGGCGCUGGCGCCGCCUCAUCUCCCACCGCGACCACCGCAAGAAGCUCCCCCACACGCUCGCCGGCUUCAUCUCCCACUACUCCGUGCCCCUCCACGACGGCAUCGUCUUGAUUCCCCAUUUCGACAGCAUCGAUGGCGGAGAAGAAGAUGAAGAGGAGCACCGCCUUGUUCCUGACCCUUCCUUGUCCUUCUUGCCUGGAUACAGGACCAUCUUUCCCAAGGAUUGCUGCAAUGGCCUUCUCCUUUGUUUGUGUUGCAAGAAUUCCCCGAGAGAUGAAUCCGAUUACGUGGUCUGCAACCCUGCCACUCAGAGAUGGAUCAUCUUGCCCGAGAUCGACCGCGCGGACCCGGUCUCCACCGUCCGUUUGGGCUUCGAUCCGGCAUUGUCGCCGUACUUCCAUGUGUUUGCGAUCCUUGAGCAUGUGGAUGGAUGCGUCUCCGGCGUGGAGAUUUUCUCGUUGGAGACGGGAGCGUGGAGCCACAGGGAGAAUGGUUGGGGUGACGAGGAUGACCAUACGGUGCAUCCCGACGCGAAGUCUGCGUUUGUCGAUGGCAUGGUGAAUUUCAUCUCCUACAACUCGGCGAUCAUAGCGGUUGAUACGGAGGGGAAGAAGUGGAAGACUAUUCCUUUUCUUGAAGAGAUGACCUGUGAAUGCAUCUCUAAUGGGAUCCUUGCUUUCAUAGGCCAAUCCCAAGGGCACUUGUAUUACAUCAAUUUCAGGGAUUGGGAUUCCUCUAUACUGUCAGUCUGGACUCUUGAUGAUUACUGCAGCUGUGGAUGGUCCUUCAAGUACAACAUUAGCACUUCCCAGCUUUUCGGAUGGACAAAUAUGAAGCUUGAGCGGGAGUAUAGCCUGAUUGCAAUUCACCCAGAAUGCAAUAUGAUUUUCUAUGUUUUCCGGGACGAGGGCCAGAAUACUCUGCUAUCAUAUGACAUGGACCGUGGGAAAGUUAACUCGAUAUGCAAUAUGAGAGAUCCCUUUUGGAAAACCUGGGAUCCAUGUCUUCCGUAUGUCCCCGUGUUCAUGGAGUCUUUGCCUGAUCAUGCCUAGAUGUGGUGGCAUUUAGAAGCAGCUCAUGAAGAACAAUAUUUUGGUCAGCUAAGUUUCGCUGUUAGUGAUCAGUGAAGAAAAGGUUGGUCCGCUGGUGGAUUUUCUGUAGCUUUCAAAGAAAAAAGAGUUUCUGUCUAGCCAAAAGUUGCCAGAGCUAUUGAUUACUGAAUUGGUAUUUUUGCUAUUCCAUUUACUCUGUUUACCUGUUUACUUAUAGAGCAGAGUAAGUGGAGAAUAUUAAGUUGUGACCUUGUUAAAUUCAUGGUUUAGCACUAGGGCAAGCCUAUUUGAUUUUUGUACUACUUCCUUGUGCUUUUCAUGCAAUCCACCUCUUAGUUUGUAACCACUAACCAAUGUUACUAUGUUAGUCAGUCAUGGGGAUCCUGUUACUUGAAUUUACAGAGAUUGGUUAUCCUUUGAACUCUUCA